UCAUUUUCAGCAUCAGUAACAUAGUUUUACUGAUUAGCUUUUUAAUAAUACACGGUAUUGGAAUUCCUGUAGCGCUGUGUACAAGCCAUAACACACCCAUCAGAUAAGCGGCCGGUAGGAUAUCAGAAUUAUAUCACUCAGCACGUGACAUCGGCAUAGGUUUCCGACAGCCACACCACAUCUUCUAGGAUAGAUUCAUUCAAACUCUUCCCAACGCAACGUUUACAACCAGCGGCGUCGUUCAUUCAUACCGAUCAUCACGUGCGUUCUGAUAGUGCACCACGCAUAAAUAUCAGUCAUUGAUGCGUUCUCAGCUCAGUGUAGACAUUCGAUCGUGCUCGGCAAACAUCUCCACGCAAUUAUGAGACGUGUUGUAUCGUUUCUUCUAGUGAGCCUUUGGUGCACUGUAUCGACAGUGUUGUCCGACGACGGAUUGCCCCAUUACAUAACUGAAAAAAGCUUCGACACCGCUUUGCGAGAGUGUGCUCAGUAUUUCCUAGUGUCAGACGAGACCAUCGCGGGAUACUAUCGGCAGGGAUUUCCAGAAACAGAUGAGAUCAAGCAGUUGAUCCGCUGCACAGUGCUCAACCUGGAUGCCUACGACGAUAGCACUGGCCCACUGGAGUACGUUUUGGGCAAUUACUUCAAACCCUGCCCGUCGGAUACCGAGUAUGCCGAGAGGACCAGAUGUUGCGUGAAGACUGCAUUGGACAACAUCUGCCCUAGUGAUGUUUACUCGCGAUCCUAUGCUUCCUUCAUGUGCUAUUACCGCGAAUACGGAAACUUAGUUACCGAAGAUCAGUUCGUCCCGAACACUCUGUAUGAGCUCACGCAAAUGAUGCUGUUCGUGCAAAGUACUCUGAACUUGCCUUACGAGGUGCUUGUUCAGUUCAGUAAAGGCAACGUUGUGAAUGACCCGAACUUCCCGGCCGUCCUCUAUGUGUGGGCCGUUCGCGGUGGCUACUACUCGCUGGGUGAAGGAAUUCAGCUUGAUAGGCUCUACACCCAGUACGGAGUGCCUGGACUGAUAAGCCCAGAGACGCAAAAAUGUGUAGCCGAUGUCGCGCAAGCCAACUGCAACGCCGACGACUUAACCAUCAUGUACAACACUUUCCUCACCUGCCUUCGUCCGUUGCUGCCGUUCGAAAAUCUUUUGCAGACGUUCGCGGUGGAACAGCUGAAAUGUAGCAAACCUUGUGCGGGAGGUGCGCCGGCGGUACAUGUAGGCUACAGAUACUGAAAUUUUGGAAUGAAUAUAUUCACAUUGAAAAAUGAGAAUCAGUGUUUUAUUGAACAUGUUCAACAUUAAAAAAUCUUCAUUGUCAGUGAGAUUUCCACACAGAAAAAAAAAACAUCCAGAUCAUUCCUCCGGGCAUGGCAAGAUUCGCUUCUUUGUUUUCAAGCUUUUUGGAUAUUCCCAGUACCACCGCCAGUUGGGGUGACAUUGGGCCUGGGGGGUAACUUUGAACCAAAAAUCAAGAAAGAUUUUUCGCUCAAAAAAAACUAACGUUUAUUGGAGUGAUUAUCAAAAGUGG